AUGUAUCAAAACAAAACCGCCGAGUCAGCUGAACGAGAACCCGUUCAGGUUUUAUACAAAGCCUACAAAGAUAAGCGCCCAGAAAACAUGUUGAAGCCAGACUCACCGUUCUACUUGGCAGUAAAUUACUUCAAGACUGAAGGCGAAUUAAAGUCAGAAGGCUCAAAAUGGUUUAAAUCUCAGCCAAUGGGCGUUAACAAGCUCAACAGCUUAAUGAAAGAAAUGACCGAAACGGUGGGAAUCUCUGUGAAAACAAAUCACAGUGGAAGGAAAACACACUACUUCAAAAACUACAAGAUAGUUAUUUGCUACCGAACCAGAUCGUUCAAAUAA